UGAAAGGAUAUCCCCAUCAUUCAUUAUCACACUGUUUCUUUAUCCUUCCCUCUUCCUCUCCCUCUCCCUCUCUUUGAUUAGUGGUACCCCAUUCAAGCAACAUUCUUUAUUUCUCUCUCUACAUCUCCAUCGCCAUUUUUAUAUACACGCCGUUUGAAUCGCUCUAUCCAUUCCUUCCAUCAUCAAUCACACUUUUUCCACAAUCCCUCAUCCCAUUCUCUCUCCCUAUCCUCCCCCCUUUUUUCUCUUUUCUCUCUCUAGGGUUUGAUUUCCCUAACUUUCUAUCUUUGUUUUGUAAAAAAGAAAAAUAAUGACGACUCCUGGCAUGAAGUUGCCUCCAGGUUUGGUUUCGAAUCUACAGGAUGUUCUUAAGAAGAAAGGCAACCCUGCUCCCGAAGAAAAUGAUGACAAAUCGAACAAUAAAAAGGAUGAUGAAUCCGCCGUUCAGUCUUCUGCUCCCGUUGAUGAUUUUGACCCUUCCAAGCCUGUGAUUUUUGUUACAAAUAGUGACGGGAUCGAUUCUCCUGGUCUCAUUUUUCUCAUUGAAGCUCUUGUUAGUCAAGGCCUCUAUAAUGUCAGUGUCUGCGCCCCUCAAGUUGAUAAAUCAUUAUCUGGCCAUUCGUAUACAUUUCAAGAAUCAAUUGCUGUAAGCUCAGUUGAAAUCAAAGGUGCCACUGCGUACGAGGUUUCUGGUACUCCUGUGGACUGUGUUUCUUUAGCCUUAUCUGGGGCAUUGUUUGCCUGGUCAAAACCACAACUGGUGGUUGUUGGAGUUAACAAGGGUCCAAUCUGUGGCAAUGACAUGUUUUCCUCGAGUGCUGUAGCUGGAGCUAGACAAGCCUUAAUUAGUGGGAUACCAUCUUUAUCAAUCUCCCUAAACUGGAAAAAAGGUGAAAGUCAAGAAAAUGAAUUCAAGGAUGCUGCAUCUGUUUGUUUACCUGUUAUAAACUCAGCCAUGAAAGAUGUAGAAAAUGGGACUUUCCCCAAAAGCUCUUCCUUACAUAUCACCGUUCCUUCUUCCCCUUUAGAAAACAAGGGGUUUAAGUUGACAAAGCAGAGUUUAUGGAGGUCAAAACCGGUAUGGCAAGCAAUUGCAGCCAAUAGAAACCCUUCAGCUGCAAGGUUUAUGUCAAAUCAACCAGGCAUGGGUUUGCAACUUGCACAACUUGGUCGAGAUGCAUCUGCUGCAGGUGCAGCAAGAAGGUUAAACUCACAGAAGAAGAAUUUGGAGGUUGUUGAAUCAGUUGGUGUAUCAGGGAAAGUUGACCCCAAUAAAACAGUCAAAUACUUCAGGCUAGAGUUUCAAGACACUCCCCAAGAAGAAACAGAUGAAAAUCUUGAUUUCAGAGCCCUUCUAAGCGGAUUUGUGUCAGUUACUCCCAUAUCUGUAUCUCACAUGAUUGAGCCAGACAUUGAAAAGGCAGCAUCUGAAUGGAUUACUGCUGCACUUCAAACCGAUAACUGAGGUGGAGUGGAGUAAUUAAUUAUUCAUGUAUAUUUGAAGAAGAUGAAAAUUGGUAUUUAAGCUUUUAGCAAUUAUUUGAAGGAAUUGGACAUCAUUGCUGAAUUGUGUUGUUGAGGUUAGAUUUUUCAACUUUAUUUAUUUAUAUUGGGUGAGAAAAUCAUUCCCCACAAGAUUGUGUGACAUGUUGUAAAAGACCUUUUUGGUCUUUUGAUUAUUUAUUGCUGACAAUUGUCACCAUUUUUUUUUAAAUGUAACUUUGAAUUGGA